AUGUCCCCUACUCACCAGCACCAUCAACCUUACCAGGACGCACGCGACAGCGAAGAAGACGUCCCUUUCCUCCCGCCGCAACAUCAACAUGGCGAUCAUAUCUCGCAGUCAUCCAUGCGAGCACAUGAAGGCAAAGAAAGCGUGGUCAUCAAUGGCGCAAUUCGCUCGCGCCUCAUGGUCACUUUACUCGCCAUGAUCCUCGCCGUCGAAGUCGGCUUCGUGAUGGCCGGAGGACCCAUGACGAGGAUCUACGAAUCGAUUGCUUGUCGCGAGUACUAUGAGCAAUUCGACCCAGCCAAGAUUGGCGCCGACGGCCAGGUUCUCGAGGAGCUGUGUAAAGUCAAGGAGGUGCAGAGUGAGAUCGCCGCUGUAACGGGGUAUAUGGAGUUUUUCCAGGGGGUGCUGAGUGUCAUCUUGGCUGCGCCCUACGGGCUGCUAGCGGACCGGUAUGGUCGGAAAAAGACCCUCUGCCUCGGCAUCCCGGGGUUUAUUCUUAACGUUGUGAUCAUGUUUGUGGUUAUGUGGUUUGACGAUAUCUUUCCGCUGAAGGCUACCUGGGCUUCUUGCUUGACGUUCGUCUUUGGCGGUGGGCCGGUCGUUACUGUUGCUGUAAUCUAUACGAUGAUGUCUGAUGUGACCACCGAAGAGGAGAGGGCUGUGAUGUUCUUCCGCUUCGGCGUUGCGAGCAUGGCUGCCGAUUUCGUUUCCAGCGCCGCGAGUUCGUGGCUGAUGACUAUGAACCCUUGGUUUCCGCUGAUACUCGGUUGGAGUAUUGUGAUUGUUGGUGCAUUUUUGGCACUGCUCCUGCCUGAGACGAAGAAUGCCGUUACGCCUCGUACUCUCGAGCAAUUUCCCGACAUGGAACUCGACCCGCUUGCAUCUGCAAAUGACGAGCGCGAGCACGAGCGCAAAGUCUCGGUUUCGUCGGAGAAGUACAUGGUAGACCCCGUGAACGAAGAUGAGGAUCUAGGCGCGCCGUUCCUCAACCACCCAAAACGAACCUCGUUCCCUGCCUCAUUAGGCAUUCUAAUCCGCUCAUACCUGAGCCCGUACGCCUUCAUCUUCCGCACCAAGCGCGUUCUUCUCCUCCUCACAGCCUUCCUCGUCUACCGACUCAGCCGCGGCUCAUCCUGGUUCUUAGUGCAGUAUAUCUCGGCCAGAUACAACUGGACAAUCGCGCAAGCGAACCUCCUCAUCUCCUUCAAACCAGCCCUCACAAUCCCGCUAUUCCUAUUCAUCAUCCCGGCAAUCUCAAAGCACAUCCUGCGCGGCAUGAAGUCAAACAUGAAGGACCUUACGCUCGCUCGCGCAAGUAUUGUCUUCCUUGCCGUCGGCACGCUGGGUAUCGGCUUGUCUCCCAGCAUCGCAAUGCUGAUUCCCAGCUUGAUCAUUCAGACGUCUGGCUCCGGCUUCGCGUAUCUAGCUCGUUCGCUGAUCACGACGCUUGUCAAGCGCGAGGAAACGGCGAGACUGUUUACCGUCAUCGAGGUCCUGCAGGCAGUUGGCAAUGUCAUUGCUAGUUUAUCCAUCACAACUGUGUUCCAGAUCGGUCUAGAUUGGGGUGGUGCUUGGGUUGGUCUCGCGUGGAUGAUGACUGCGACGGCGUUUUGUCUCGUGGGUGUGUCGAUUUGGGUGUUUGAGUUGCCUUCGCCUGUUGAUGAGAAGAUGGAAGAGCAUGGGGAUUAA